AUGGAGCGCCUGCUAACCAUAUUCGAGCAGGCUGAUCCCUUCUCAACCUGGUGGCCCACAAUAGCUGCCGUUGUGGUUGGCAUUGUUAUUACCGUGCGGACGCUGAUGAGCGGUCAACGCUGUCCCAACGAUAAUCAAAUCAACGAGCAAAUUGUCAUCAUAACGGGUGGCAGUGGCGGGAUGGGCUUCGAAAUAGCCAAAGCACUGGCCGGCCGGGGGGCACGCAUCAUUCUGGCCUGUCGCGACCUGAAGGCGGGCGAGCGUGCAGCCGCCAUCAUUAAGCGGGAGCUGGGCUGCCGCACCCCGCUGCAAGCGGGCCACAGCGGAAGUUCGCCGGCGGAACGGUACUUUGUGGAGGCACGGCAACUAGAUUUACGCUCCCUGCGCAGCGUACAUCAAUUUGCUGGCCAGAUAAUGGCCGAGUUCGAGCGCAUCGACGUGCUGGUGAACAAUGCGGGCGUGGCAUUCGCGAAUACGCAGAACACAACCGAGGAUGGCUUUGAGCCACAUUUACAGGUAAACUAUCUGGCCGGUUUUCUGCUGACACAACUGCUGCUGCCACACUUGAAACGGUCCGAACAGGGACGGGUUGUGUUUGUGUCGGCACAUGCCCAUGCCGCGGCCAAAAUCGAUUUCGACGAUCCCCUCAAUGUGGGCACCUGGUCGGUUAAAUUUCAUGCACGCGAUGCCUUUGCACACUCCAAGCUGGCCGUGAUUUUGGCCACACGUUGGCUGGCUCACGAACUAAAAGGUACCUCGGUCACGGUCAACUGUUGUACGCCCGGACUGGUGCGCGGCACCCGGCACCUGCGCAACUCGCCGCUAAUGUCCGCCAUUUGUGUCAAAGUGAUCACAUACCCCUGGAUGUGGCUGUUCAUGAAGAAUGCCUGUGAUGGGGCGCAGUGUGCCAUACGCCUGGCCACGGAUCCGCAACUGAAGCAAGUCUCCGGCGAGUAUUUCAAUGACUGCGAAAUUGCGCCAACUUCGGAGGCUGGCCAGGAUAAGGAAUUAGCCAAGAAAUUGUACAUGCAGACGAUAAAAACGCUUCAGCGCAUUACCAAACUAACUGUAGACAAGGAGACGCCGCCACAGACAGAGCAACAGCCGCAGCGACGGAACCAAACCGGCUACCAGCCAGCCACUUAG